CGGCCGGGGCCAACGCCGACGACCCCCGACGCUUCCUCCUCCUCCGUCCUCCGAUACUCCCGGGACAGCGUGCGGCCAUGAGCGCGAGAGACCUCCACCUCCGGCUGAGCCAGGCCCAGAGGGUCCGCCUCGAGGCCGCGCUCCACGAGCUCCACACCCUCAACCCCGCCGCCGCCGCCGCCGCCGUCAACGUCGCGGACAACAUCCCCGUCAACCACGAGGACAGCAUCCUCAAAGGGCAUGGUACGUCGGAUCGGGACGGGGAGGUUGUGGCCACGCUGUGCGGCGUGGUGGAGCGGGUCCAGAGUCUCGUCAGCGUGCGGACGCUCCGGGCAAGGUAUAAGCCAGAGAUUGGGGAUAUCAUUGUUGGCCGUGUCAGUGAGAUUGCUCCUAAGCGCUGGAGGUUGGAGAUAAACUUUAGCCAAGGUGCUGUUUUGAUGCUUUCUUCUGUGAAUUUGCCAGAUGGAGUCCAGAGAAGGAGAACCGCUGUUGAUGAGCUUAAUAUGCGGAGUAUAUUUGCAGAAAAUGAUGUUGUCUGUGCUGAAGUUCGUGGAUACCUACCUGAUGGUUCUCUUGAGCUACAUGCAAGUAGUCAAAAAUAUGGAAAGCUUCAGAGGGGUCAAUUGCUCACGGUACCUGCAUAUUUGGUAAAACAGUGGAAUCAGCAUUUCCAUCAUCUUAAGCAAUAUAACGUGGACUUGAUUCUUGGCUGCAAUGGUUUCAUCUGGGUUGGUGAGCAUGUCGUGGUGGCUGAAAAUACAGAUGUGAAGGAAGAUCAACAGAAGUUGGCCAUGGAAGCAGAUAACUUUACCCCAAUAGAAACUAGAACACAUAUUUGCCGGCUUGCCAAUGCUGUUCGAGUGCUUUCAGCCCUUGGAUUCACUCUGACCGUUGAACUGAUAAUUCAAACCGCUGAAGCAAGUCUACCAUCAACUGUCGAGAUAAACGAAAUGCUCGGAGCUGAAUUUUAUGUCCAGACUGCAGAGAGAGAGGCUAAGCGUCGAGCUAGUUCCUUGAGGAAGAUGAAUGGGGCAUCGUAAACUUUGUUGGCCCUGCCUGACUGAUUUGUCGAGUAUAACAGACUAGCAGUAGAUGACCCGCACGAGAGCUGUAAAGGAAAAUAGUGCCAAUCAGUGGCGCCAUACUGUAAAACAUAGAGACAACGGGUUUCGAGAUUCUCUGGGCUUUUGAUCCACUCUGUCGCGUGCAUUUUUAUAGUGAGAGUAUCAAAAUAGCAGCUGUCAAAUGGAGCUGCAAUAUACCCUGUUCUUCUGGUGUGUGUUUUA